CGGAAGUUUUAUUUUGGCAUCCAGGGGGGCGUGGCCGAGACGUAAACAACGAUUGCUGUUUCCGGUGAUGUUUGCAGGACAUAAACUACUCCAAAAGACUCUGAUGGUUAUGGAGGAUGAUGGACAACCCGACAGCAAAUAAGAGCCACAUACCUUGUCAGUCAUGGGUGGAUCAGAAUGGCUGGCCCACAGCUACAACCCAAGGGCCAGUCCUCAACCCUCUAUCCAGUGCUCAACAUCUCAGCCUGGGCUCGUCUUCUGACCAGAGACCCCCCUAUGACCACCUGCAGGCAUCUAACCAGAGCUGCAUGAGCGACCUCAGCACCUUAUCAUCCAGAAGCAACACUCAUCACACUGCCCAGUACACAUCCUCUCACAUCAGUAGCAAUUUGUCGUCCACUUCACUAUUUGCCAACACCACUAUACCAAGUGUAUCUCAGAUUAUAUCUUGUGGUCAGCAAAAUCCUCACAGUUUAUCAAUGCUACCUGCUGCUAACCAAGGAAAAAAUAUCCCCCCACCUUCUCUUCCACAAACAAACCAAGGAUCUCAGACUUGUAGGCCCCAACAUCUACCGCUCGUCUCACCCCACGACCCUUAUAAAACCUCUUUUCAACCUCCAUUAACCAAUCAGGGGCUUCAAGAUAUACCCAUUGGCCUACCGUCAUGUGGACACGAUUUAAACCAAGGAUCACAGAGGACAUCUCAACCUACUUUUGGAGGAGUACAUGUGGAUGCUGGUGUUGCAGGAUACACUCACAGCCAUGCCUCAUCUACUUCUCAGGAGCAGCCUCAGUGGACACCUUCAUCACACUGCAAGGGAGCUGAAAACAAGCCUGUCCCUGAUGCAGCUUCUCAUCCUAACAAAGAACCAUCACAAAAGAGGAACAUUAUCCCACCGGCCAGCAAUGAUAGGAGUCGUUCAAUAGUUUUACAUCAGCGUGCACUUCUACUCAAACAACUGGCGGAGUUGGAUGAACUUCUGGAAUCAUUACCUGCAGAUGACAGGAGUGGUGGGCAGUCUCAAAACACAGCUAUCCGGUCUCCUCCACUAAUGGAUGAUUCGUCUCAGUGUGAACAAACAAAGACCAGUGAUCAACAGAAAGUUCGGUUAUCAGCAGUAAAGUCAAAGGUACAGUCACAGCUUUUAGCAAAUUGUUCAUCUCCUGCAUCCUAUGAAGAACAAAAUCAGACCGGUGAUUCACCAGAUGACCCGAUGUCUGCAGCAGAAUUGGAGAAAACAGAUAAUGCCUCAGCGGAGUCUGAUGACAGUGAUCCCGAUUAUUCACCUAACAAUGAUGGUGACCUAUCAGAUGCAGACAAUGGCUUUUCAGAUGAAUCCAGUGAUAGCAGUCCCCCAACCACACAGAAAGAAGAAACACCUCACCUGAAGUCUCUUCCAGGAAAAAGGAGGGAUGAAUCAGACAAAAGUGUCAGUCCUCAAAAAAGGAAAUGCAUAACUGAUCAGGAGAAGUCCUCAACUGUGGAGUUGCCAACUUCAAAUUCAGAAGUGCAAUGUGUUUACGAUAAGAGGAAUUAUUGUCCAUUUUGCUCUAAGCCAACGCUCAAAAUGGCAAGACAUCUUGAGAGAAUCCACAGUGACAAAGUAGAAGUUGCAGCUGCAUUUCAGUAUCCCAAAAGUUCCAGAGAAAGGCGAAAGAUAUGGAAUAGAUUAAAGAAUCAAGGAAACUUUGUUCAUAAUAAAAAUGUUUUGAAAGCAGGGAAGGGACAGUUUAUUGUCCCAAGAACAGCAAAGCACAGCAAAACUACAAUAAAAGGAAUCCAUGACCGUCUUCACUGCCUUUACUGCCGUGGUCUUUAUUUAAAGAAAACUUUAUAUAGACACCUGAGGGUGUGCCCAGAGAAAGUGAAGAAUGACAAUGAAUCACAGAUUGGAAGAAACCGUAUUGCAUCACGCUGUGUUCUUGAAACUAUCGGAGAUCUUGGUGUAAGUGAUGGUUUCAGAGAACUUCUGUCGCAGAUGACAUAUAAUGACGUGACACAAGCUGUCAUGGAUGACAAGAUUAUCUUGCAGUUUGGUGAACAAAUGUUUGAUCAGCAAGGAUCAAAUGCGAAGAGGCAUGAUUACAUAAGACAAAACCUUCGUCAGAUAGCAAGACUUGUACUGGAAGCUCAAAAAAUAACCCCCCUGAAGAAGGUGGAGGACUUCUUUCUCCCCUCAAGCUUCCCACAUGUUGUGUCAGCAGUCAACGUCUUGGCAGGUUACGAUCCAGAAAAGAAAACAUACAGUACUCCGUCACUUGCCAUCAAGCUUGGCUACCACCUACAGAAGUGUUGUAGUAUUGUUGAGAGGAAUGCGAUGCAGAGUGGAGACACAAGACUGGUAGAAUCUGCACAAAACUUCCUCUCAGUAUACCAGAAGAAAUGGAAUACACUAGUUUCUUCAGGAGCAUUAUCGACACUCAGGGAAACAAAACUGACUACAGAAAAGAAGGUUCCGUUUUCUCAAGAUGUGAAGCGCCUGAAUUUCCACAUGGAGAACGUUCAUCUUCUUGCUGAGAAAAAACUCACAGAGUGCCCCUCUGCAGAAAACUACGCUGCUCUGGCCAAGGUAGUACUCACUCGAACAAUAAUUUUCAACAGGAGACGGAUCCAGGAGGUAUCAGAGGUGCCACUAACUGCUUUUAUGUCAAGGAAAAAGUCAAACCUGCCUGGUAACUUUGACAUAUCUGUCUCUAAAUUGGAAAGAACCAUGUGUGAGUUCUUCACUAGAAUUGACAUACUAGGGAGGUGCGGGAAAAUGGUCCCUGUUCUGUUAAAACCUUCAUUCGUGUCAGCAUUGGAGCUUCUAGUGAGUGUUCGUGAAAAAUGUGGAGUCCCCAGUGAGAAUCUCUUCCUAUUUGGCCGACCCAGGUCACUGACUGCCUACAACGGCUCUGAAUGCAUCCAAAAAUCCGUCAAAAUGUGCGGAGCUAAAAACCAUAAAGCACUGACAUUGGCGAAAAUUCAGAAGCAUUACGCUACAAUGCUGCAGAUGAUCAAUCUGGACGAGAAUGAAGCCGACGAAAUAUUAGGCCAGAAUAAUCACGCCCGAACACGACAGAACAGUGGCAUGCAGAUGGAUGAUGUUCAAAUGGACUCCGAAGAGAGACCACAACCUGCAAGUGGACAUCAAGCUGCAUCAUGGGAUCAGAGUGAACUCUCUGGUUCAUCCUACGCUCAAGCAGAUUUUAAUCAUGAACAAGCACAUGGAGCAACCGCAGGCACCAGCAUGACUGUACCACCAAAAUCUGGCAACUCAGGCAAAAAAGGUUCUCAUAAUCAGUGCAAACACAAAUGGGAGUACGCAGAGAUCAGUGCCGUAGAAAGACACAUGAUGCGUUUCAUUCAAGGACACAAGGUACCUCAGAAAAAUGACUGCAUUCAGUGUCUUGAGGCUGAGCCAAAAGCACUGAGGACCCGUUCCUGGAAAGGUGUAAAGGACUACGUUCGAAACAGGAUCACCGCUCUAAAAAGACAAAGUAGAACCUCCCAAGCUUAACUUUAAUUGAGCCACAGAGGACUGGACAUUUUCAGCAUUUAUAGACUUUUCCCUCUUCUCUCUUUUUAUGCUCCUCCUUCCCUUAUUUGUCUUUCAUUCCUCAACAGUCUCCCUCUCUGUCUCUUAUACAACUUUGGGAGCAUUUCUGUCCAUUAGGAUGGCCAAGAAGACAUUUAUAACUGAUCAUUUUCAUUUGCUGGUUUAUGUUCUGCAGUUGCUGCAGUCAUUCUUCCUUUGUAUCAUUCUGCAGUAUAGAUCUCCCUGUGGUUAAGCUUCAUUUUAAGUUCAUUUUAACACAAGAGAGUUCAUAAAUACUGACAGAUGAUGUGUUAUACAGAUGUAGCACGUUGUUGGAGCUGAUCCUCUUCAACCAAGUUAUCUUCCGUACUGUGUUUUGUUAUUCAGUUUGACUUUGUAUAACAACUUACCAACAAUAAAGUGCC